UUUUUCACCUAUAAUUUGGAAGUUAAGUAAAUAACAAAAUGAAGCCAGUAAAGCAUCUGUUGCCCUCUAGUAAUAAAUUGGCAAGUGUUCCAGAAUUAAGUUACAACAAAGGAUUUCAUAAUUCACCAUUGUCACCUAAACCAAAGGAAAAACAAAGUUCAAAGUUAGUGCGUGAGAAACUUGAACCAAUGGUCUUAAGAUCUCCACCAACAGGAGAAUCCGUUGUGAGGUAUGCUUUGCCCAUUCCAUCAAGUAAGACAAAGGAAUUAAUAGCAGAAGAUGAAUUGCUCAGAAAAAUUACCAAACAUCUAAAGAUGGUUGUUUCUACUUUGGAAGAAACCUACGGAAUGGGCAGUGAAAAUGUAGAAAAACCACUUGUAAAGUCUGAACUUGAAGAAGUAUCUUUAUCUGUUGGGGAUGAUCUAAAUUCAUUCUUGGUAUGUUGUUCACAAUUUGCAGCUCAAUUAGAAGGAGCAGUUAAAGAGGAGAGUCAUAUUUUGGAAUCUCUUUUUAAGUGGUUUCAGCGACAGGUCAAUCAAAUGGAAGAGAUAAGUAAAGAUCAAAGUUUUUCAGAAGUAGAGUUUCCAAUACCUGAUAAAGCAGUCACUAUAAACAUUGCACAAGUAGUAAAGCACGUGCAAAAACUUGAAGCACUGAAAAAUCGGCUUAAAGGACAAUCUAAACAACCUUCGAAAGUCAUGCUAUUUAAGCCCAAGGAUAGUGAAAGUCCACAAGAAGCAGUGCAAAGUUAUGUAAAUGUACAGGAGAAAAUUGAAGAAUUCAUAAAAACUCACUCAACUGAAGACUUUAUAGAUGUUUCUGCAUCUGAAUCACAAACUAUGUAUUCAGUACCUAAUCGACUGGACACCAUGUUGAAAAUAUUUGAGAAACAGUCAAAUAUGUUAGAGAGAACUAGGAAUGAUAAAAUUUUGUUAGAAACUAAAUACAAACAGAUGCAAAAUGAUUUCCAAAUGUUAUCAGAGAAGAAAUUGAUGCUGGAAAGUGAACUCGAAAAAUUGAGGAUUACAGAGACAACAAAGCCGACAUAUGAUCGAACAAAGAAAACUAUGAAAAUGGAGAAGAAAAAAGCUAAAGAAAAAUCUGAGGAUUCAGAACCCAGAGACAUUGAGGAUGCCAUUGGCAUCAAUAUCAAAAGUGACUUCAAUCUGAGGAACACCACGAGGUGCAGGAGGUAUGCCUGUGAGUUCAAACUUGCCAAGCAGGUUGUUAUCCUUGGUCAUGGCACGCUCACCUUCAUAAACCUGGAUGAGCACACCCGGCUGGUUGUCGGAGUAGGUGGUGAAGGUCUGCGUCUGCUUGGUGGGGAUGGUGGUGUUGCGCUUGAUCAGCACCGUCAUGACGCCGCCAGCCGUCUCGAUGCCGAGGGACAGAGGCGUGACGUCCAGCAGCAGCAGAUCUUGGACAUUUUCAGAUUUGUCUCCGGAGAGAAUGGCUGCCUGGACAGCUGCACCAUAAGCGACAGCCUCAUCAGGGUUGAUGCUCUUAUUCAACUCUUUUCCAUUGAAGAAGUCCUCAAUAGCAGCAGCAGUUGGCUCAUUGAUGAUUCUAAGUACAUUGAGACCAGCAAUAGUUCCAGAAUCUUUGGUGGCCUGACGCUGAGAGUCAUUGAAGUAAGCAGGUACUGUGACAACAGCAUUCGUAACAGUCUUCCCAAGAAAUCAGCAAAUACUCUGGAAACUGAGAACAAAAUCCUUCAGGAACAACUCAAACAAGCAUUACAGGAAGCUGAAAAAGCUAAGCAUCAACUAAAGUAUUUCCUAAAUCAAGGGGAGUUACUUAAAAGUGACAGGAAAACCAAGACAACAAUGGAAAGGAGUACAAGUGACACACAAGUUAAAGUUGUAGAUUCAACAUCUCUACCAUUGGAGAGAGAAACAAGAAAAAUACAAAUUGCAGAUUUAAGUGGACAAAAGACAAAUGCUAAAAUCCAAGAAUAUCCACAGGUAAAGAAAUACUCAAAAUAA